AUGUCUUUCCUCUGGUUUGGUGAUAAACAUAGGGGAACACCCGAUCAUGCUACGCUUGCUGAUCCUGAACAGUUUAGAACAAGAACCCAUAAAAAAUUAGAUGCUCCUGAUGUUAUUCUACCUUAUUUGGCGAGAUCGGGUUUUGCAACCGUAGCAAGGAUACCACAUAUCCAUAUAGACACAAGUUUCGUAAUGGCCUUACUCGAAAGAUGGAGACCCGAGACACAUACAUUUCAUUUUCCAACUGGUGAGUGUACCAUAACGUUGGAAGAUGUGACUAUGUUACUGGGUCUACGUGUCAACGGUAAUGCUGUAGCCGGUCCUACCGAAGUAGACUUGGACAUGUGGGAAGAAUUUUUGGGUGUUCAACCACCACGUACAGCUUUAAAAGGUCGGAUGGUUCUAAUAUCUUGGCUUAAAUCACUGUUAGCUAAUAAUCCAGUAAAUGAAAAUUCAACUGUGGGACACUUAACUACAUACACUAAAAUUUUUAAUCUGCUUUUAAUUGGCUUAUCCUUAAUGCCCGGUAAAACUAGUAAAUAUGUGCAUCUCAUGUGGGUGCCAUUGCUACAAGAUUUGGAUAUAUGCAAUACAUAUAGCUGGGGAUCAGCCGUGUUAGCCUAUCUUUAUAGGGAAAUAUCAAAGUCGAAGAUUUGGCGAAAAAAGGACAGGAACAAAGACAAGGUUAAAAUCAGAGAUUUGGAGAAGCAGAUCGCAAAUGAGAAAGCCAAGUCAUCUCGAAUCAAUGAAGAGAAAGCCAGACUUCGAGCUCAGCAGAGGGAGAGAAAAGGUGCACUGGUCCCAUUGGCUGAUUGUCCGGAAUGCAAGACAUUGAUAGCACACUGCCAGUACCUUGAGUCGCGUAUUGAUCCAGAGGAGUACUUUUAG